AUACGCAUAGUACACGUAAUCCAUAAUCCACGAUGAGUAGAAUUGCAGCGGUGUUUCUGAUAGCUUUGGUGACGGUGGCCGCCGACAUUGACUGGACCAAGGUACGUCCGAUUGAAGAUUUUGAUCACUACUGGACACGUCUUCCCGCAGAGUUGCAGUUUCUGCGAAAUUCAGUUCCCAGUGCAAGAGUGACUAAUGGACGCGAAGCCAUCCCUGGCCAAUUCCCGUACCAAGUAGCGUUGGUUAUCAGUUUCAACCAGGGCAGUGGUUUGUGUGGCGGCUCAAUUAUCUCCAAUAACUACGUUCUGACUGCAGCUCAUUGCGUCCAAGGGGCCAGCGGUGGAACCGCUUUGGUUGGAGCUCACAACCGACUGAACAAUGAACCUUCUCAACAGUCCAUCGUGUUUGAGCUCGAUGGAAUUACGAUCCAUCCUGAGUAUACCUCGAAUACCAUCAGGAACGAUGUAGCGACCAUUCGUUUGACCAAUUCGAUCGUGUUCAACGAUCGCGUCCGACCAAUUCGCCUUCCAAGUUCGACCGAUGUCCGGACCUUCUCCGGCCGUAUAGCAACGGUUUCCGGGUUCGGAAGAACAUCGGACACCAGUCCCGUCACUUCCGCUGUGGUUUUCUUCACCACCAAUCCAAUCAUCACAUUCGCCAAUUGUUUGGAUCAAUGGAGCAAUGCUGUGCACGUGAUCCAAUCGCAGAACAUCUGCCUGUCAGGUAAUGGUGGAAGAUCGUCUUGCAAUGGAGACUCCGGAGGGCCACUGACCGUUCAGGAAGAUGGCAAAAGCCUUCAGGUGGGAAUCGUAUCCUUCGGAUCGUCGGCUGGUUGUGCCAUCGGAAGGCCUUCGGUCUACGCUCGGGUAACGCACUUUUUGGACUGGAUUUUGGAGAAUUCCGAUGUUGAUGAGCAAGUAGCUUGAGUUUUUUUUAAUUAUAGAAGGAUACUUAAAACAU